AUGGCUGUCUCAGUACGUCGGCUGACAAUUGUCCUAGGACUGCUUGUCUUAAUCCUGACCUGCCAUGCAGAUGACAAACCAAGUGACAACCCAGAAGACAAACCAGACGAGAAGCCAGAUGACUCACACAAAAAUCCAGAUGAUUUCCCGAAAUUUCUCAGCCUCCUGGGCACAGAGAUCAUUGAGAAUGCAUUUGAGUUCAUCUUCCGCUCGAUGGCCAGGGGAUCAUAA